GAGUUCUCUCAGCAGCCGCGUUAAGGUAUCGACCCUCCUCGUUCCCAGCUUAUAGAACUCCUUAUCAACAAAUUUUCCCUUUCGAUUACGAUUUUUAGGGUUCCCAAUUUGGAAUCGUAUUGCGUUUUAUCGUAUAAGCUUGCGGUGCUGUUAAUUCUUUUGAAUCUUGAAUCGGGAUUUGAUUGAAGAAAAAGGAGGGUUAAGGAGCGUACGGUUUCGGCUCAAAUUUAUAUAUUAUUGGCAGACUGAAUGAUCUAAUGGAAUCGAAAGGGGGUAAGAAAUCUAGUAGUAGUAAAUCAUUAUUCUACGAAGCUCCUCUCGGUUACAGCAUUGAAGACGUUCGACCCAACGGUGACAUCAAGAAAUUCCGAUCUGCUGCUUACUCUAACUGCGUGAGGAAGCCGUCCUGAGAUUUCUGUGGCUUGACAUAACCCCUGCGUUUUACAUUUCUGCAAUUGUACUGUUGUCCUGUUUUCUUUUCUUCUUUCUCUCCUCUCGUACUCUCUUGCUCUCUUUUUGCACCUUAAUAGUUUCUUUACGAUAAGAUGGCCUUGCCAAGCUCUGCAAUUGGAUUUGAAGGCUAUGAAAAGAGACUUGAAGUUUCUUUUUUUGAGCCUGGCACCUUUGCUGAUCCUGGAGGGAUGGGCUUCCGUGCUUUGUCCAGGAAUCAGCUGGAAGAGAUUCUAAACCCUGCUGAAUGCACUAUCGUUGGCUCUCUGGCGAAUGAAGAAGUUGAUUCUUAUGUACUUUCGGAAUCUAGCUUCUUUGUGUACCCUUACAAAAUUAUCAUCAAGACCUGUGGCACUACAAAGUUACUUCUUUCAAUACCAGCCAUCCUUAAGUUAGCUGACUACCUUUCCCUAAGGGUGAAAUCUGUGAGAUACACUCGUGGGAGCUUUGUCUUUCCAGGGGCUCAGCCAUUUCCACACCGUAGCUUCUCUGAGGAAGUUUCUGUUCUUGAUGGUCAUUUCGGUGGACUUGGGUUGGAUAGCGAGGCUUAUGUGAUGGGUGGUCCUGAUAAAUCUCAGAAGUGGCAUGUUUAUUCUGCUUAUGCUGAAGCUGGUCCCGGUUGUGACCAAUUUUACACUUUGGAGGUGUGCAUGACUGGAUUGGACAGAAAGAGUGCAUCUGUCUUCUACAAAACAAAUGCAAGUUCUGCAGCUUCGAUGACUGAAGCUUCUGGGAUUAGGAAAAUUCUUCCAAAAUCCGAUAUAUGUGAUUUUGACUUUGAACCCUGUGGUUACUCGAUGAACAGCAUUGAACAGGAAGCAAUAUCUACUAUCCAUGUGACACCUGAAGAUGGUUUCAGCUAUGCUAGUUUUGAGGCUGUGGGUUAUGAUUUUGAAGAAGUGGGUUUGACCCAGCUGCUUGAGAGGGUGUUGGCAUGCUUCCAACCUACUGAAUUCUCUGUGGCACUGCAUUCUGCUGUGGUUGGUGAAGAUCUUGGAGCCAAGUUCCUUCUGGAUUUUAAGGGAUACUGCUAUGAUGAAAGGAGCUGUGAAGUGAUUGAGAAGGGUGGGUCUACCAUCUACCACACCUUCAUGAAGAUUGGGGAGCAGUUAUCUCCUAGGUCUACUCUGAAAGGAAGCUGGAGCGAGGACGAGGGAAGUUGAAGUGAAGUAGUCUGGAUUUGAUGUUCGUGUUGUUUUUUAAUUUCAGUCGUUUUAUAUGAAUAAAUGUUGUGGGGGUUAUUAUUCUGUUUCAAGUGUGAUGGCAUGGCAUGAUUCUGCCAUAGGUAUUGCUGCUGCAGUAGUGUAGUCUCUUUUGUUAGCAAGACUAAAAUUGGUUUAUGUUAUAACCAUUUUAUGCUCUGGAUGUUUGAAUUUCAAUGAAUUAUUUUUAU